AUGGAGUUUUUCCGAAAAACGCUCAAUAUUAUCGACUUGCUGACGAUACUACCGUUUUAUCUGGAGUUAUGCCUGUCAAUUUUUGGUAUUGAGUCACGUUUCAAAGAAUUUACAGGAGCAAUGCUCGUAGUUCGAAUUCUUCGCGUACUCAGAAUGGCACGGGUGUUCAAACUGGCUCGAUACAGCAGAAGUUUGCAGACAUUCGGUCAAACACUGAAGUCGUCAAUAACUGAGCUAAGCAUGCUGAGCAUGUUCUUACUAACGGGUAUUAUCUUCUUCUCCACAAUUAUGUAUUACCUGGAGAAGGACGAACCGCACACAGAUUUCUACUCAAUACCAGCAGCUUGCUGGUGGUGUGUAGUCACUAUGGCGACAGUCGGUUAUGGCGACGCGAAGCCGGUCACUGCUUUCGGUAAAAUGGUGGCAACAGCGACAUCCAUAUGUGGUAUAAUCGUGCUUGCAUUUCCGAUUUCAAUGAUCGUUGAAAAAUUCGCAACCGCUCAACAAAGGGCUAUCGAAGACGAACAACUCCAUCAAGGUAUGUUAGUUGUUCUUCAGUCCUGUUAUGACUAG